AUGGCCGAUGUUCAAACUAUUGUUUCUCUUCUUAACCUGUCUCUCAAUCCUGCCACCGCCAACCAGUCUGAGAGGUCCUUGAAGUCGUUGGAGACCUCCAUUCCCAGUUUUGCCAUUAUUCUUUUGGAGAUUGUGGAAAAUGCUGCUCUAGGUCUUAACACCAGAUUGGCUGCUUCAUUGUUUUUCAAAAACUUUAUCAAGAGAAAAUGGAUUGAUGAAAAUGGCAACUACAAGCUAGACGUGAACCAGGUUCAACUAAUCAAGUCCAAAAUCGUUGGUUUAAUGAUCAACUUGACAUCCUUUAAAAAUUUGCAAUUGCAAAUUGCUGAUUCAAUCUCCAUCAUCGCUGAUUCUGACUUUCCUCAAAACUGGACCAAUUUAAUUGAUGAUUUGGUUUCCAAUUUAGUUAACAAUGGCAACGAUCCCAAUAUUGUUAAUGGUGUUUUAAUUGUUGCUCACUCAAUCUUUAAAAAAUGGCGGCCAUUAUUUAGAUCUGAUGACUUGUUUCUUGAGAUCAAAUUGGUUAUAGAAAAAUUUUCCCAGCCCUUUUUAGAAUUAUUUGUCAAUACUGAUAGAUUGAUUGAUUUGACUCCUGAUUCCAAUAUUUUAUUACAAAAUCUACUUUUGAUUGUUAAAGUUUAUUACGAUUUCAAUUGUCAAGACAUUCCUGAGUUUUUUGAAGACAAUAUUAAUGUUGGUAUGAAUUUAUUACUUAAGUAUCUCAAAUUGGAGAUUAGUGCUGAUAAUUAUAAUAAUGAAGAAACUUUACUCAAAAUAAAAUCGUCAAUCGUUGAUUUGAUUCAACUAUAUGUCAGCAGAUAUCAAGAUGUUUUCAAGAAAUCUCGCAUCCAAGCAUUUACUGAGAUUGUUUAUUCACUUUUAACUACAAAAUUGACACUAGAUGAAAAGUUUGAUUUAUUGACAUCAAAAUGUUUGUCAUUUUUAACAUCAGUUAUUAAAAUCUCGUCUUUAUAUAAUAAAGUAUUCAGUACUGACCAAGCAUUAAAUGAAAUAUUGUUUCAAAUUAUUUUACCUAAUAUUACUCUUCGAGAAUACGAUGAAGAGUUAUUUGAAGAUGAUCCAAUUGAAUACAUUAGAAGGGAUUUAGAAGGGUCUGAUUCAGAUACUAGAAGAAGAUCGUCUAUUGAUUUCUUAAGAGAGUUGAAAGAUAAAGACGAAACUAAGAUAACUGAAAUUGUAUUAAAAUUCAUCAAUCAAUUUUUAUUGCAAUAUUCGCAAGAUCCAAUUAAUAACUGGAAACAAAAGGAUACAGCUAAUAAUCUAUUCAUUUCGUUAGCCGCAAAGGGAUCAAUUACAAAUGUUGGAAUAACCUCAACAAACUUAUUGGUUGAUAUUGUUCAAUUUUUUUCAGAUAAUAUUGCAUCGGAUUUAACAUCAACUAACUGUCAUCCAAUUUUAAAAGUUGAUGCAGUUAAAUACAUUUACUUGUUUAGAAAUCAAUUAACAAAACAACAAUUUAUUGAAAUCUUUCCAAUAUUAACCAAACUUUUACUAGAUGAAAAUUAUAUUGUUUACUCAUACACGGCAAUUACAAUUGAGAAAAUUUUAUCGUUAAGAACCUCAUCAAUAAAUAACAAUAUCAACAAUAAUAUUGCCAGUGGUGCUGGUAAUAAUGGAAACGAUGAACCAAUUUUCAGUAAAAAUGAUAUCAAACCAAUUGGAGAAGAGUUGAUAAACAAUUUAUUUACAUUAAUAUUGAAGAAUUAUUUCACACCCGAAAAAUUGGCAGAAAACGAGUAUUUAAUGAAAUGUUUAAUGAGGGUGUUAUUGGUUUGUGAAGAUAAUUUUUCAAAUAAUGAGGAAUAUGUUAAUAUGAUAUUAAAUCAACUAAUAAGUAUCAUUGAGAUAAUUGGAACUAAUCCAUCGAAUCCUAAGUUUACACAUUAUUCAUUUGAAGCAAUAGCGGCAGUUAUAUUACGAAAUUGUGGGCAAUAUAAAGAAAAAAUAGGAAAGUUUAUGGAUUUAAUUAUACCCAAGUUUUUAACAUUAUUGGGAAGAGAAGUGUUUGAGUUUAUUCCGUAUGUAUUUCAAAUUUUGUGCCAAUUGUUGGAGUUAUAUUCGGAUGAUGGUAGUUAUGAUAAAGAGUUGCCAAACUAUUAUAGAAAUCUUAUCAAACCAAUAUUGUCACCAAGCAUUUGGGAAUACCGAGGAAAUAUUCCAGCAAUUUCCAGACUCAUUGUUGAUAUUAUUGAAGUUGAUGGAAAUGUGUUUGAUGAUAAUUUAGUUGGAUUAUUGGGAGUGUUUCAAAAAUUGAUUUCGUCGGUGGUCAAUGAUAAAUAUGGGUUUGAUAUUUUGGAGAGUAUUUUACUUCAUAUUAAGUUGAAUAGAUUGCAACCAUAUAUUGAGGAGAUUGCAAGAAUUUUGUUGACUCGAUUACAAAAUGGGAAAACUGAGCAAUAUGUUAAGAGAUUUGUUUUAUUUUUGGCCACUUUGAUAAAUGUAUUAGGAGGAAAAUUUGUAAUUAAAUUUAUUGAUCAAAUUCAAGAUGGAUUGUUUGGGAAUAUUUACGAAGCGUUUAUUUUUAAAUCAUUGGUUAAUAUCACAAAUAACUUAAAGGAACGAAAGAUUAUUUUGGUUGGGAUAAUUAAGUUAAUUUGCAAAAAUGCGGAAUUUAUUGAAGGAAAAUACAACAAGUUUUUUAUAAAGACAUUGGAUAAGUUGAUUGAUAUUGGGUAUAAGUCUGAGUUCAACAAAUUGGGUGAAAAUAAUGAAAAUAGGAUGAGUAACGAAAUUGAUAUAUCAGAAUAUGUAUUUGGUUCUAGUUUUUCCAAGUUGGUUAUUGUUGGGAAUAAGAGGGUCGACCCAGUCCCUGAGAUUAAUAAUACAAACGGAGCUGUUUUUUUUAUUAUCAAGACAUUGAAAAGACUUGAUGAUAAUAGU